AUGGGCUCCGUCACUACCUCCUUCACCACCGGUCGCAUUGAGAUGUUCAAUGGCACCACCGAUGGCAAGGAAGCCUACCUCGACCCCUCCACCAAUGAGACCAACCUGGUCCCCAAGAAGGUCCACCAUGUCACCAUUCAAGACAUCCGUGAGCAGUACCCUCGGCCUCAGUUGGUAAAUGAGGGCUACGAGGUCACGGAAUUUCCCAGCAGCCUCACCGAGGAGCAGUUCCUCAACAACACCACCCCCGAGGGCAAGCAAUUUAUCCGCGACCACUACUGGCCCGAGAUGAAGCAGCUCAUCCAGGAGAAGACCGGCGCCCAGGUUGUCAUCCCCUGGCACUUCUCGGUCCGCAAGCAGACUCUCGGCUACCACCCCGACGAGAUCUUCUUCAUGAAGACGGGCAUCUCGCAGCCCGCCUCCACAAUCCACAUCGACAACUCGCACCAGACGGCCAUCGACCACUUGUCGCGUGAGGUCGGUGCCGAGGAGGCGCAGCGCCUGAUCGCCUCGCACAAGCGCUGGGCCAUCGUCAACGUGUGGCGGCCCGUCAGCUACGCCGUGCAGCGCUGGCCGCUGCUCAUCGUCGACUACAGCCGCGUCAAAGACUUCAGCUUCGAGAACAACGUCGCCCGCAUCCAGCGCAGCAACGACCCCAAGUACUACAAGUCGCACGACAACUUCAUCAAGCACCACCCCGACUACAUCUACCGCUACCCCAGCAACCUCCGUCCCGAGGAGGUCAUUAUGUUCAAGGACUACGACUCCCGCACCGACAAGGUUCGCGGUUGCCCCCACGGUGGCUUCCAGGAUGACAAUACCGCCGAGGAUGCCCCUGCUCGCAGGUCUAUCGAGGUCCGCCUGUUCGUCUUCUUCGAUGACGAGUAG